AGACGGGAGUUGGCGGCGGGCGGCGCGUGGCAUUCUGAAGUACCUAUCCGCUGGGGUUUGGGACACUGUGCGGCUGGGGAGGUUCCGCCGCGCACCUCCCUGGGGGUUUGUGCUGCGGGGUCUCGGUAGCGGAUGGUGGCUGCGAGGAGCGAGCGGGACCAUGUGUGCAGAGCGCAUGCGCCCGGCGCCAGAUGUGGUCAGUGUUGGAAAAGAUGCCAGCUCCAGCCACUACAUAUGAGAGAAUAGUUUACAAAAAUCCCUCUGAGCACCACUAUAUGAAAGUGUGUCUAGAAUUUCAAGACCAUGGGGUUGGACUGAAUGUUGCACAGUUCAAACAGCUGCUUAUUUCAGCCUUGAAGGACCUGUUUGGGGAGGUUGAUGCAGCCUUACCCUUGGACAUCCUGACCUACGAAGAGAAGACCUUGUCAGCCAUCUUGAGGAUAUGUAGCAGUGGUCUUGUAAAAUUGUGGAGCUCUUUGACUCUGUUGGGAUCCUAUAAAGGCAAGAAAUGUGCUUUCAGAGUGAUUCAGGUUUCUCCAUUUCUUCUUGCCUUAUCUGGUAACAGUAGGGAACUAGUGUUGGAUUGAAUAGUCUUCAAUGUCAGAAACAUUCCUCCGCUCUCAAAAGGUACUUUUUGAUGCCAGAAUCACAUCUGAAGGUUGAAGCAGUCUAAAAGCUCCGAUUGCUGGACUUUGACAGUGCUGAAGAUGUUCCCAGUAACUUGCAGCUAUCGUUGGUGGGAUGGGCUUCAGAGGAGAAUCUGCCUGAGCCGGCAAGUGCCGAGCAGGUGGCACAUUGAGCAGAUGCAUGUCCGAGUUGGAGACCAUGCUGAACUCAGCAGGGCCUUCACACAGAGGGACGUGGCCGCCUUCUCAGAAUUAACGGGGGAUGUCAAUCCUUUGCAUUUAAAUGAAGAGUUUGCAAAACACACCAAGUUUGGAAAGACAAUUGUACAUGGAGUUUUGAUCAAUGGGCUUAUUUCAGCUCUCCUGGGAACUAAAAUGCCAGGGCCAGGCUGUGUUUUACUUUCACAGGAAAUUAGCUUUCCAGCCCCUUUAUAUGUUGGAGAAGUUGUUUUAGCUUCCGCAGAAGUGCGAAAGCUAAAGCAGUUCAUUGCUGUUAUUGCAGUGUCGUGUUUUGUAAUAGAAAGUAAAAAGACUGUUAUGGAAGGCUUGGUUAAAGUUAUGGUCCCAGAAACUCCCAAAUCCUGAAACGUGUGUAAAGAUGCACGUUCAGGUGCUAGUGGUACUAUUCGUGAGGAGCCUCUGAGGAAAAUAGGUUUUGCUGCUCUUCACUGAAGGAUGGCUUAUAGACCCAGAAGCCUGAGUUGGGGAAGGGGAGCAGGGAGAGGGGUGUGCAAAAGUCCUCUAUCCAAUCCAGUUUUAUGCUUCACGCAGACUUGAGUAUAUUCAUCAUCUGUCUAGGUUUUUAAAAUUGAAAAAUUAUUGGGAAGGUUAUUUAGCUGAAGGUUCUACUUUUAGGAUUUCACAUCUAGUUAGAUAUACAUUUGGAUAACACAAACCUGCCUGUGUCUGUGGAGAGUAAAUUCCUCACUGAAUUUAUAACUACCAUUUAAUUAUUGAGGACAACAACAGAAGUCAGGUCGUCUUUGAACACCUACCUUCUACCAGUCAGCAUUCUUAGAUCCUGUUGAGUAGUUUCCAGGUCAGAGUUUACUGUAAUUUGUUCCCGUUUAUACCACGAUGGCACCUUGUUCCAUCAUCAGUGGCAUUUGUCUUCCAGAUGGUUUUCCUGUUAUUGGAGAACGGCUUAUGCACACACUUGGACUCAUUUAUGUAAACUCUGUCAAUCUCAUGUAUAAAACGAGGAUAAGGACACCUACCACACAGGAUUGUUGGAGUUGAUAGAUGCAAAUCUCUAAGUACCAGGUCUAGCCUGUAAAGUAGCCACUACUGUCAUCCAUUUUCCCCUGUCAGUGAGGUUAGAGAUUCUCCUCAGUUUAAAGCAAACUGGCCCACAACUAAACAGAUGACAAGCUAAUUUUUCAGGAUGUCAAUCAGUCUAAACCUGGACUAGUUUGAAUGCAAAAUUUGUUUUGAUAAUCCAGAUUAUUUUCUCCCUCCCUUGAAAAUACUGUGGAUUCUCCCCUUUAUAAAUAAUACAUGCUUAUUGUAAACAUAUUGUAAGAAAUAAAAUGUAUAAGGAACA